ACCUCAAAAAACUGAAAAUUAUAAUAACUUUCUGAUUCCCCCUUUUCUCUUUGUUCAGGAAUAAGAACGAAUAGAAAGCACUAGCCGGGACCUCAGAUAACGAGCAUGAUUAUCGUAUUCAGAAGCUAAUUUGAAUCAGGUGCCAUCGUUUGUGCUGUUGUCUCUCGGUACAUUGCGCGAAGAACUAAGUAGUUUUCACAUCAUAAUUCAAUAUUUUGAUCGCUCUUUAAAGUCGGUAACUGCAAGAUCUUAUGUAUUAACUUUAAAAGAUAAGAUUCCCAAUUUUUAAUAACGUUCAAAAAUAAACUGCUAACAUUUCUAUGACAUCUCCGACGUGCAAUAUAAUGUCACGUAAACAAAUUUUUAGAAUACUUCCUCAUGACUGAUUCAUCUAUUUUUAAUUCACAAUCCGAAAUUUUGAAUAUAAUAACCAAUAGAUAUCGAAAAUUUUCUUGAUGAUGUAACGUAUUGCCAUAGCUUCGGCCCUGGUCGAGGAGGACGUGAAUGUAGAACUUUCUUUGAAAAUUAUUGGUUCUUGAGGUGAGGAUAUUUCAAUCCAUUCUAAAACAUAUUGAAGGAACCUUUCCGAUUUUUUCAACAAAACCCUUAUUGAUCCAAAUUUGGCGUGUUUCGUUUCUUACAUUUUAAAGUAAUAAAUAUAUAAUUUUCCCGUUUAACGUUCUAUUUAGCUGACGGAGUAAGUAAAAAAUCUAUUUUCUCUGGACAAUAUUAUAUUAAGGUUUUUUUUAACAUAUAAUUCUUGUUUUUUGAUCAAAAAUUUCUAAUUGUAGAUUUUUGCAAAAGGAAAUAUAAAAUGGUUUUGAAAUGUUAUCAUCAUUAAGGUUGUUCCCUGUAUAAUUCAGCAUCUUUAACGAUAGCUCCUUGUAUAUUUGGUUGUAUAUUACACCCAGUUAAAAUUACUCCAUGUUUCAACCUAAAAGCCCGUUAGAAACGCAAUAAAUAAUUAGAUCAUUAAGCAUUUUCGCGAUAGUCUCACUUUGAUCUCUACUUGAAAUUUUCUUCUAUUCUGAGACAAUACAAAACUAUAAAUUUAAGGUCUCAUAUCACGCUUGGUGUUUGUGCUCUGGUUGUAAAGAUAUAUAAAGAAUAUUAUAUUCUCUGAUGUUGAUACAACUUCUGUCACUUGCUUCAUUAUUCAAUAUACCGUCAUUAGCUUGUACUAAAUUUGCUUUUUUAAACCUUAAAUUUCCUUCGUCAACAUAUUUAAUUAUUACGGUAAUUAAAAAUAUAUUUAGUUUAAUAAACGUAUUUAGUUAUAGAAACUAUUUUUACAGAUCGAGACAACGAUUAAUGUUGAAUAAUUAAUCAUAUAAAAAAUUUACUUAGAUUAUAACCGCAAUCCAUAAACUUGUGGAACGAGACGAAUUUAAC